AUGGCUCACGAGCACUAUGAAAUAGCCAUCGUAGGCGGCGGCAUAGCAGGCCUCACUCUGGCUUUGCUUUGCGAGGGGUUGGGUUUCAGUUACAUCCUCUUUGAAAAGCGAGACUCGCUCGAGGGUGAUAAAGGCGCGGGAAUCGGCUUACAGGCGAAUGCCCUGCGUAUCCUAGACCAGCUGGGUGUCGCGGAGAAGGUGGACGCGGAGGCGGGCACGUUGGCUGAAACAUAUCGGUAUGAUGAAGAUGGAAACCAGAUUAUGAGAAACAGUGCUCUGGGUACCAGUAGGAAGAGGGUUGGUUAUGGCUUCACCAUCAUGGAGCGAGCGGCGUUCCGUCGUAUACUUUGGGAGAGUAUCACACGGAGAGAAUGCAUCAUGGGUCCGUGCCUGGUAACCUCGGUUGAGGAGAAUGAGGAUGAGGUCAUUGUUCGUACGGCUCGUGGAUCCUAUCGAGCCGACUUGGUCGUGGGUGCAGAUGGCGUAAACAGCACGCUGCGAAGGCUCGUAGAUGCCUCAAAGCCCAUGGCCGAAUACGAACAAACGAACAAAGAAUCAAUCUGCCGGGUGAAAACAGACAUGUCAUCGCCCUUCACUUGCACCUACGGCAUGUCCUCCGCAACACCAGGCAUCCUCCCCGGCGACCACUUCGGCACUCACCGCCCAAACGGGGGCGUUCUAGCCUUUGCCGGUAAAGGAGGCACCAUAUUCUGGUUCCUCUUCGAAAACCAAGCCGCAAAUACCCAGCUGCCGCCGCGAUAUUCAGCCUCCGACGCGGACAAAGCGUGCCAAUUGCUCGCGGACAUCCGUGUCAUGCCAGAAGCGACGUUCGGCGACGUUGACAAGAACGCUAUUUUCAAGUUCAAAAUCCCGCUUCAGGAAGGCGUCGCGCCAAUCUGGCACACUCAUCGUGGCGUGUUGGUAGGUGAUGCGGCGUGCAAGAUAUCUCCUGCCAGUGGAAUGGGGGCUUGCCAGGCCAUCGAGAUGUGUGCCGUGCUCAUGAAUGAACUUGUGAGGGCGAGGAGAGAGGCCUUGUCAAGGCGAGAGGGGCGAAUAUCUCGCCAGCUGAUGCGCUCUGCGUUGGAGAAGUAUCACGAGAUACGGAGGCCAGUGGCGGUGAGCAUGGUGGCAAAGGCGCAUUUGAUCACUCAGAUUUGCUUGUGUACUCCCGGGAUGCCCACUGCUUUUGGGAAGCAUAUGAGACAACUUUCGGAAGAGUCUUUUUUCAGUCUUGCGGUUGAAAAUUGGAAGGAUUCGCCCACUGUGGAGGAUUUGGAGCUGACGCCGCGGGGGAGGCUUUGUAGUGAAGCCAUAGCCAAGGAAAUGACACAGGCUGUGCGUGAAAGGAACAAAAUCCAAACAAAAUAG